UUUUUUUGCAGUGGCCUUUCCAUAGUCUGUGGAGUUCUGCCGAGACAUAAUUGCUGGCUGAGAACUUAAUCCAAUAGCCUCCCAAAUUGCCCCGUCGUGGGACACGAGGGAAUAUCAUAGUCAAGUGUGCAGCUGAGAAAGGACCCCCCGUAAAUGACUUGUUCAUACCUCUAAUGUGGAGAUGAUUCUGACGAAAGAGACACAUUCCAAGAUGUAUUUCUAUACCACAGGAUGUUUCGGAACACGUCCUGGAGGAAAACAGCCAGCGACGCGGUGAGUCUCCGCCAGGAUCAGGCCCUCAGCACGACGGUGUUCCUCCUCAAAUCCUACGGCCCCACGGGAUUUCUGCUCCAAGAGGAGGGCGCCACCAGAAACCACAAGGUGUGCUUGGGUGACCCACAUACCUGCACGUGCCCUGUGUUCACCAAGGAGCGGGAGCCGUGCCAACACAUCUGCUGGGUUUUGCUGCGGAAAUUCAGACUACCCAGGGAGCAUGAAUAUUCAUUUCAACAUGGACUUGUUGAGAGACAGAUCUUGGACGUGCUCCACGGCUUGCACCAAGACAAAGCCCAGCGGAUGGAGAACGCUCCGGGGAGCCCGAGCCAAGUAGUCAGGGGCCAGGUGGCUGGAAGUGUCUGCCGGAAGCUGAUCCAGGCCGGGGACGUGUGUCCCAUCUGUCAAGAGGAGCUGCUGGAGAAGAAACUGCCCGUGUCUCACUGCAGGUUCGGUUGCGGCAAUAACGUCCAUAUCUCCUGCAUGAAAGUGUGGGCAGAUCACCAGAAGCUCACGGGCCACGUAGAGACGGUGACGUGUCCCCUGUGCAGGGAGGCGUUCAGCACCGUGAAGUUGCUCGAGGAGCAGGUGAAAAAUGCGACAAAGCUCUUCACCGCUGCGGAGCGAGAGAAGCCGAACCGACACCUGGGGGUCGUCUGUCACGUCUGUCGGGUCUGCCCCAUCACUGGCGAAUGUUUCAAAUGCAUCGUGUGCAGUUACUUCUAUUUGUGCGAGGACUGCUUGAAGAAAGGCUGCCACCCACAGCAUCCGUUUGCUUCACGUACAAAAAGAAGAGACGAGUGGCGUCUCGUGGCGCAGGACCUGUUGAGUUUUGAGCCAGAGGGAGCCACCUGUCAGACAGCAAACGACAGCAUCAUCCCUGCAGACCAUCUAUCAGAAAACGUGUUGGGUUGUCUGGCUACGGUCCGGGUGAGAUCGGGGUCUCGGCUCUUGGACGAGGGGCAGCAGUGUCGAAUCUGUCUGCUGAACUUCACUCUGGGCCAGUGCGUCCGAACUCUACCCUGCCAGCACAAGUUCCACACAGGCUGUGUGGACGGGAUCCUGCGGAAGUCGAACUCCUGCCCUUUGGAUGGAUUUGUCAUUUAUGAUCCCUCGACUUGGGGAAGCCGGGAAAAGAAGACCGCCCAGGAGUCGGCCUCCGACCGCUCCGGUGGCUCUGCCAAACCAGAACACAUCUUCAGUGACCUGUUCCUCCCAGGAGUGCAACUGCAGCACAGGAGUGCCACGACUGCUCCUUCACACGGUCCUGCAAAAACCAUAAACAUCCCACAAGAGUUAAGUGACCGUUUUUUUGGCCUAUGCAUCACCACCGCAAAUGCUGCAACAAAAGAAGGAGUAUUGCAGAAACAACAAAGUCUAGUUAUUCCUGAAAGCGGUUCUUUUGACCAGCCAAGCGCAUCUAACUCAGGUGACAGAGUAAACACAUGUUCCUCAGAAAAGACAGACAGCUCUGCGUCCUCGCCUUAUAUACCUGUGGUAAAAGUCGGCGAGCAGCCACAGGUGAAGCCUUUCGUAGGUGUGAGCAGACCAGGCAACGCAGCGACUGUGGCCUUCCCAGCAUGGCCAGAAAGAAAAUGCCUGGUUACUACACAAUUCACCAACAAGAAACUUACUUCAGACCCAAGAAUGUUUAGGCUCUUGAUAAACGCACAGCAACGGAGAAAAAAAGAAUCUUAAACUUUGGCCUUAUUUUAGUUUUAGCGGUGUAUCUGCACUUACAUUUCACAAUCAAAUAAUAAGUGUUUGUAAAAUAAUAUUAAGAUGUUUAAUCAAACACAAAGAUAUUGGUAUCAAGUAAAGUUUAUUAAUUUAGUGCACAAAAUAAAGGCAAGACUAAUAAUAACACUACCAUUACUACAGAGGUAAACAGGAGGUGCCCACCCGGCGAUAAACAAAAAAAGCCUGUGAGGUUUAGCGGCGGGACACAAGAGGAGAACACUAUAGAAACACAAAUCGAUACGGAUACAUUCAGCGAGAUCACUCUUUAGUGGGGAGUGGCAGUAUAGGGUUCAUUUGCUCGUGAGCAAAUCAGCACAAAGUGUCAACCAAACUACUCCUCGUGUUGCUGGUGAAGCCGGGAUAAACUGGCAGCUGAUUUUGUUAGUGUACUUGAACGAUUAAGUGCUCCACUAGUUGCUACAUUAAAAAAAAAUUAAAAAUACAAAGUUCAGGCUUCUUGCACAGUCCCAUGACAAAAAAAUCAAAUCCUAGAACAAUUCACAUUGAUACCACAUCUCGAAUGACGGAUGCUUUAAAAAAAAAAAAGUAAUUCAACCAUCGAGUGAAACACUGAUGCACCUCUCAGACCUCUGCUGUAGAAAAAACAUCACAAAUGAUAUGAAGUCACAGUCACAUUUUACAUAAGAUGUCGCUUUGCUAUAUACAUAGAAAAAAAGCACAUGAAUGUGGCUUAUACACAUACAAAGUGAACUCAUUAUUUAAAAAGGUUUUUUCCAGUUGGACCAUGGAGGAAGACUAAAUAUGGCAAAGCUGUUGCUGCAAAGUGAAUUGACUUGUAAUAAAUAUUGCUAGUGGAACCAUU